CGCGGGGUGUCCAUUGGGCAGGGUGCAACUUGGAGUCUUACUGUACUCAAAUUUCGUGUUUCAUUCUUGUGACUUUACUGGUAUAAUAGCCAAUUUUCCAAAAUGACUAUAACACUACCACCACUUGAAAAAGAUAACCAGCCGCCACCACCAAAUCCAUUGAAUGUUCUCAAUCUACUUCUAUCAAAACUAAAGGCAAUGGAACAGUCAACAGAAUCUACUGGAGAAGUGACAGAUGUAGAUGUAGAAUUGUGUAACAAGAUCUUCUACAUUCUGAAUCCAGCUGCAGCGCCACCGGAAGAAGCACCUCCAGCGGGAGGUGAAGCACCCGCGCCGGCUGAAGGUGAAACCAUUCCGCCGGCUGAGGGAGGCGAAGCUCCACCGGCAGAAGGAGCCGCUCCGACUGAAGGUGGUGAGGCUGCACCACCCGCGGACACCCCGGCGGCGGAAGCCGCGCCACCAGCUGAUGCACCAGCUGAGGCACCGGCUGAAGCACCAGCUCCUGUUGAAGCUGCUGCGUAAUUCUUCAAACGCGAUCAAUCGGCAGCCCUUUCUGUACACAUUUUUCUCAUCAGCGACGUUACUAAAUCUCAAAUCUCCAUAAAUUCAUCCAUAUUCACGAAUGUAUGACGAUAAAGUUGAAUGACAGAGAGAGGUGAUUUACCAGGUUCGGUGAAAAAAUUAUAUCAUAAAUUCACUUUUAGAAAGAUAAAGAAUAUUGUUUACUGAAUUUUUCAAAAAGUUUUCAAACAGUAAAUAUUCACGAGUCAAUUAUAAUUUUCACACGCGUGAUAUUCUUAUUGUUAUUGCAAACGUACAUAUACAGAAAAAAAGCAAUCUUUCUAAAGGAAUCGACAAAUAGACGUUUGUAUACAUAGACAACUUCUCUCAUACGAACUUGGUUCCUCUAUACUAGAAAUAUUGAUUCAGCGAAAAGAAAGUUUGGAGUUUCAGCAACUUAAAUAAAGGUCGUAAAGUUUUUCCUACAAAACUUAAUCGAUGUUUUCCUGCGUUUUUAUUUUUAGUUUAGUGUCCAUUAAAUCUAUAAUAAACGCGGUUAUAUUGGUCAUAUAGAAAACGUCAUUCAAAUAGUGCAAUACAUUUUUAUCGAGCAUUUAUUGGAGUAUAAAAUAUCGGAUAUUAAUCUGAUAUUGCAAUUAUUUAUAAAAGAGAUAAAUCACAAUAAUCAGAUAAAUUAAAGUAAAUAAAUUAUUUUAAAAAGAUGAUUUGUUUGUUCAGACAAUUCUAGUUCAUAAAAUAAUAUUGUGACCAAUGAUCUAACUGAAGUCGUUGUAUCUCUCAAGCUCAACGAAAAGGCAAACGUUUUCGAUUACUUGUUAUUGUCUACUAUUGUUGUGAGAAUUUACUUAUUGUAUUUUAUUUUCUUUUAAGUAGUACUAAGUGAUUUUGCUAAUAAUCUACAUGUAAUCUAAAUAAAAACAACUAUGUUUGAGUGCGAUCAAUACAAGACAUGUUAUAGUUUGACGAUUGAUAAAUAGAAAUUUAAACAUUUUAAAAUAUUAGUUUUUUUUAAUUACACAAUUUUAAUAAUUCUUCAUUGCAAUAAUCAAUAUUAUUUACACCAAAUGUAUUGCUGCACUAAAGCUUAAUUAAUUUUGAUUACAAUAAGUCAAAUUACACUUCUUCGAUAAUUACUUGAAUGGCAAUUCGUGAAUAAUCUUAAUAUUUGUCAUUAAAUCAGCAGUGUAAAUCAAAAGAAUUUUCGAAAAAUCAGUGAUAUGAAGGAGCUACUCGAUGUUAUUAAUGUACAGUCAUUUUGGAAGCAUUUGUAUAUACUGAUAUGUCAGAUAUGCAAAUGUUGCACAUGUGCAUCGAGAGUUCAAAAAGUAAAGAAAACGACAAGUAUAACAGGUGUACAGGAGAUGUCCUCCGGGUAACAAGGAGUCUCAUGUAUGUUGAGCUGCUGCUGUAUGCAACUGCUUACACGAUCUUACAGUUAUUAUUGAGACGUUAAUAUUUAUAAUACAAAUAAAUGGUUCUUGUAAAGA